CAGUCACACCGUCUUGGCGUGGGCUUCUCCUCUCUUGACCCUUAAACUCCACAAAAGCUCAGAAGAUGGCACCCAAGAAGGCCAAGAGGAGGCAGCAGGGAGAGGGUGGCAGCUCCAAUGUGUUCUCUAUGUUUGAGCAGAGCCAGAUCCAGGAGUACAAGGAGGCCUUUACAAUCAUCGACCAGAACAGGGACGGCAUCAUCAGCAAGGACGACCUGAGGGACGUGCUGGCAUCCAUGGGCCAGCUGAAUGUGAAGAAUGAGGAGCUGGAGGCCAUGAUCAAGGAGGCCAGCGGCCCCAUUAACUUCACCGUCUUCCUCACCAUGUUUGGCGAGAAGCUGAAGGGUGCUGAUCCCGAAGACGUCAUCGUAAGCGCUUUCAAGGUCCUGGACCCCGAGGCUACCGGCUCCAUCAAGAAGGAGUUCCUUGAGGAGCUUCUGACCACCCAGUGCGACAGGUUCAGCGCUGAGGAGAUGAAGAACCUGUGGGCUGCCUUCCCCCCAGAUGUGGCCGGCAACGUGGACUACAAGAACAUCUGCUAUGUCAUCACACACGGCGAGGAGAAGGAGGAAUAAACUCUUUCAUCCACCAUCUUUCUACCUCUUACCUUCCUACCCCUAAUCAGUGCUUUCACCCUCUUGUUUGUACGACCAAUGAAAGACUUUAUCUCCGUUGCUGAGAUCCUGAACUGGACGUCAGGUGGCUUUGAGAUCGUCUGAAUGUUAGUAGCGAUGGAGCAAGUGGGAUCAUUUUCAUUAAAAAAAUAAAACAGUUUCAUU